CUGUGUCAGAGAGAGAGAGAGAGAGAGAGAAAAGAGGAGGAGGAGGAGGAGGAGUGACAGAAAGGGAAAAGACUCAGUAAACCAACUUGUUCUCUGCACUCGUUCUGGUACGCAGGCUUCAAAACACAGAAGCAGAAGUGGAGAAAGACGCGGGGUUUCAGUCGCCACAGACGGCUAUGGCUCAGGGCUCUGACAGCAACGACACAGGAUACAAAUCCCCAUCACCUGGCAGCAGGCCGAGCUCCUCGGACGACGUAAAGAAGGUGAUGCGGCGGGAGAAGAACCGAAUCGCUGCUCAGAAGAGCAGGCUGAGACAAACCCAGAAAGCCGACAGCCUACAUCUGGAGAGUGAGAACCUGGAGAAGGAGAACGCCGCCCUCAGGAAGGAGGUGAAGCAGCUGACGGAAGAAGCCAAGUAUCUGUCAUCGGUGCUGAGCAGCCACGAGCCUCUGUGCACGGGCCUGGCACCCCAGACGGCCGAGCUCCUCUACCCUCCUCACCACAGCAGCUACCACCACCAGCACAUCGCCGUACCACACUACCAGCACUGACCCCCCGCCGCAGGCUGCCGACCUCACCGAGAGCGGGCGACUGGAGACGUGUCCGGAAAGGCUUCACGGUCAUUCAGAUCUGAUCAAGGAGUUAAAAAAAAGGAAAGGCCAUACCAAACUGUAACACGCAAUAUUCUCAACUAUUUAUUUGCUUGUGCUCAGCCCGUUUGCGUGUUUCUGACCAUCAGUGAUCAGUAUUUGAGCUUCUGCAGCUCGACUUAUCAACCAGUCUGUGUUUACACUAUAGGAGACAUAACCAACCUGCUGUACGUUAUAAGAUGACUCAGGUGAGAUCUUUGCUUAUGUUUUUUAGGGUCACGGAGCGCACCUUUGUCACCGUUUCUGAAUCUGUUUUUUGUAUGUUUUAGUGUAUAAAUGUAGAUUGAUCAUCUCAGGAGGUUUUGACAGACUUGAUUGUGGACAAACAGAAUGUAAAGUCAAGGUCCUAAACAGGCUUAAGUGUACCAAACGUUUGAUGGGAAAGCGACAGUUGGCAGUGGAGAAAAGCCAAUCAGAGGUUGUCGAGGUAAAACUGACAUGAGACACGACCUGGCAAAGCUAUUUAUUAAAUGUGAUGCCUUACAAGUGA